AUGUUUCUGUCUAAUCAAUUGUUCGCUGCUGCAGUUGUCGGUAUUUCUACGGUAUCCGCUGCGCUGCUACCGGAAAGAGAUGUUUCUUCAUUUGUCUAUGGACGUCAGGAGGUGACGAACUCUUCUGGAUCAUGGCCUUAUGGUCCUUUCAGUACCCAGGGCCGCGACAUCGUCAACACCAAGGGCGAGGCAGUGACCUUUGCCGGCGUCAAUUGGCCCGGCAGUGGCGAGACCAUGGUGCCCGAAGGACUUGAAUGGGCAUCGAUUGAAGACAUCCUAUCCCAAGUGGAGAGUGUAGGCUUCAACUUCAUUCGUUUCACGUAUGCCAUCGAAAUGGUGGAUCAAAUCUACGAGCGCAAUGGCUCAGAUGUCGGCCUCGAGAUUGCCAUGAUCAACGGUCUCGGUUACGAGAAUGGUACAAAAGUGACCAACGAGAUCAUAGCCAAGAACCCGACCUUCACCAAAGACACCACACGCUUCGAGAUCUGGGACCACAUUGCUCAAGUCGCCCUGUCCAAGAAUAUUUACAUUCACCCUGAUGUGCACGUCGGCAAAGCCCAAUGGUGCUGCAACAACACAGACGGUAACGCUUGGUUCGACGACUACAACUUCCCCGUUGUGAAUUGGAAGCGCGGGCUCCAAUACGUAGCCAACUGGGCUUCUAAACACAACAACGUAGUCUCCAUGUCUCUACGCAACGAGUUACGCAGAGCAAUCAACGAAACCGCCCCUACCUCUUCGCUGGGCUACAACUGGGUAACUCUAGUCGGCAACUACACAGCAGCGACCGACGCCAUCCACUCCGCAAACCCAGAUUUACUAGUCACCUGGUCAGGCAUGCAAUACGACCAGGACCUGUCCGCCCUGAUUCAGGGCAAAAACCUUAACACAGCACCCUGCUACAAAUGCGACGCCAUCCGUGACGGCCUCCGCAGAGACCCCAUUAUCUUCGACCUAGCCUCGCACCCCUGGGCUAACAAAGUAGUCUAUGAACUGCAUCUGUACAGCAUGUCCGAAGACCUCGACACGGGCUCUUGCCCCAUCGUCUUUGCCGAACUCUACAAUGCCGGCUUCAAUGCGAUUGGCAUGGCUCCCCCUCCUGCUUGCAACAUUACGAAAAACUGUGUUCCUGCUGUGCGCAAUACGCCAGUCAUCAUUUCAGAGUUUGGUGCUGCGCAGGAUGUGAGUUUGUUUAAUGAUACCUUGAUGAACUGUCUCAAGGACUUUACGCAGCAGAACAAUGUUUCGUGGGCUAUGUGGAGUUUGGCGGGUAGCUAUAGGAUAAGGAGUGGUGGCCAAGGUGUGGGCGAUACUUGGGCAUUAGGCAACUACAACUGGACGGGUUGGAACUAUCCAGAGGGUGUCGAGAAAUGGUGGAAGCCAUGGGUUAGCAACAUGUUCGAGUAG